AUGGCAUACGACCCUCCAUCCCACAACUACACUGAUGCUUUGUCCAAGAGUAUUUUAUUUUUUGAAGGGCAGAGGUCGGGACGGUUGCCGCAUACCCAACGGGUGACUUGGAGGAAAGAUUCCGGUCUCCAUGAUGGCAAUGACGUUCAGAUGGACCUGGUAGGAGGUUACUAUGAUGCUGGAGACAAUGUGAAGUUCAACUUUCCCAUGGCAUUCACAACAACAAUGUUGGCAUGGAGUGUUCUAGAGUUUGGAAAAUCAAUGGGAUCAGAACUUCCACAUGCUUUGGAAGCUAUAAGAUGGGGCACUGAUUACUUGCUUAAAUCCACAGAUGCUUCUGGUUCUGUUGUCGGCAUUGUUGGCGACCCCAUUGGCGACCACACUUGUUGGGAAAGACCCGAAGAUAUGGACACUCCUCGAACAUCGUACAGAGUAACCAGAGAAAAGCCAGGCACAGAAGUCUCGGCAGAAACUGCUGCUGCCCUUGCAGCUUCUUCCCUGGUGUUUCAAGGCAGGUACGCGGCUCUGCUUCUCUACCGAGCCAAGGAGGUUUUCGAGUUUGCAGAUAAGUACAGGGGAUCUUACAAUGACAGCAUUGGGGAAGUGGCGUGCCCGUUCUACUGCGAUUUCAAUGGCUACAUGGAUGAGUUGAUUUGGGGAGCAUCAUGGUUGUACAAGGCAACAAAGAAUCCUUAUUAUUUGAACUUCGUCAAGCAGAACAUGCCUAAUUUAGGUGGUUUUGUCACUGAAUUCGGUUGGGAUGCAAAGCAUUCUGGGAUCAACGUACUUGUCUCUCAGCUGGUAAAUGGUGAUAAUAGUCCCUUUGUUUCAAAUUCCGACAAACUUGUAUGCUCGAUUCUACCCGAAUCACCUGCUCCGAAAUCAGUUACAUACUCGCCCGGCGGGCUAAUAUUCAAACCGGGAGGAAGUAACCUGCAACAUGCAACUUCCCUAUCGUUUCUUCUUACCGUUUAUGCUAACUACAUGAAAGCUUCCAAUAAAGUUGUUAACUGUGGCAACAGCGUUGUGAUCACUCCGUCUAGGCUGAUCAACUUCACAAAAGGACAGGUUGACUAUAUACUAGGAAGUAACCCAUUGGGAAUGUCAUACAUGGUAGGAUAUGGUUCCAAGUUUCCAAAGAGAAUACACCACCGUGCUUCGGUGCUACCUUCCAUGGAUCAGCAUCCGGGGCACAUUGAAUGUCACGCAGGAACGCCAUACUUCGAGACUCAAGCUCCAAAUCAGAAUUUGCUAAUAGGCGCGAUUGUUGGAGGACCUGCGGAGGACGACUCUUUCGAAGACUCUCGGUAUAAUGUACCACAGUCGGAGCCAACCACAUACAUCAAUGCCCCUUUUGUUGGUGUUUUGACUCACUUUAAGUCCCUCUUCUGA